CUGCCUUUCCAAUUGACCUUUCAGGACAACAAAUUAUACAAAGAAGGCAUAAAAUCCGUCAGUCACUUCAAUUCAAAAUUGCUUGAGGACCGUGAAUCCCGCCUGCCCUUUUUUGACCGACUUACCUGCGUAUACCAAUAUGACAGUGCUAUCUGGAAAACCAAAAAGGACGUCCUCAGUUCCGAACAAGACGGAACCAUCCAAUAUAAACCCUCCAAAUACAGCCGACUACCUCCUACUCUCCAAACUGAAACCUUCGUGCACGUGGAUGGUACCCCACAUCAGUCAUCUCCAGCCACCGGGGUAGAAAAGGAGUCACGUCCCUUGAAGGAGUCGUCGAGUGAGGAGGAAAGUCCUUCUUUAGACUCGGACGACUCGGAGGAGUUCUCAAGCAGAAAGAGACCGAAAAGAGUAGUCCCUGUGAGGACCAAAUACCGAACUGAGGAAGAAGGGGGACUUUACUGCGAUUUUUGUCUCGGGACGACGACCAGCCGUUCUGGGAAGGCCGAGGAACUUUUGACGUGUUGUAAUUGCAGGAGAUCUGGUUAGGGUGAGUAAUGAAGGUAGGUCAUCCGAGUUGUCUCAAUUUUGCGGAUCACAUGGUGGGGGUCAUAAAAACGUAUUCCUGGCAGUGCAUUGAGUGUAAGUCGUGUACUGUGUGUGGGACGUCGGACAAUGAUUUGUUGUUUUGUGAUGAUUGUGACCGGGGGUAUCACAUGUAUUGUCUUAGACCGGCACUCCUCCAACCUCCUGAUGGUUUUUGA